GUCCCCACACCUGUAUGCCAGUGCACACUGGAUUCUUAGUGUCAAGUUGACGAGCGAGCUUUCGGCCUUUCAGCGCACUUUUGCGACGGUUUACCACCAAUACGCAACUUUAAAUUUUUGAACUACGAUUUUUUAUUUGACUUCAAAACUACCGGCAACAAAAUUGGCUGGGAUCUAAUAGAGAAUUAACUGUGGUUCGACAUCACAAGAUAGAAUGUCAUCAGUGAAACGCACAAUCGCCGUUUUGCUAACAAUCGGUUUCCUGUGCAUCGCGCGAGGCGAAGACCAUCACAAGCGAGCGCCUUCUGGAUUUCUUGGCGUACGCGGCAAAAAGUCCGUUCCGGACGACGCCUACGCAGACUUACGGCAUCCGGAACUAGCGGAGUUGCAGGCGGAAGACGAGACGUCGCAACAGCAACGCGUGGUGUAUGUAAAGCGCGCCCCGAGUGGUUUUAUGGGCAUGAGAGGCAAAAAGCCGUUUGAGUAUGACGUGGAGCAGCGGGGCUUGAGUUUACCGGAGGAUAUUUUCAAGCGGGCGCCCUCAGGGUUUAUGGGUAUGAGGGGAAAGAAGGACUGGGAAUUUGGUGAGUAUGCGAAACGAGCGCCUUCGGGAUUCUUCGGCAUGCGCGGUAAAAAGCAGUACCUCGACUACUACAACGACAAAAGAGCGCCAAUGGGCUUCGUAGGUAUGCGUGGAAAGAAAAGCGUCGAGGAUGUCGGUGACGUUGCAUUUGGCGAGGAAAAGCGCGCUCCUCAGGGGUUCUUCGGGAUGCGCGGCAAAAAACUACAAGGAGCUCAAGGAUUCUUCGGAAUGAGAGGCAAGAAGUACCCGUACGAGUUUAGGGGCAAAUUUGUUGGCGUCCGAGGCAAAAAGUAUAUAAAUGAGGACUUGAUUUUGAACAGGGAAUAUCCAAGAUUAGAUAUGAACAAUUUGCUACUUUUAUUGACUGAAAAUAACAAUGGUGAGACUAAAUUAAAACCUAAUGUUGGAGAAGAAAACCAAAUGGAAAAUUAAGUUCCAUAUUAUUUAGGGUUUCCUAACAACCAAAUUGACGUCUCUACUAGUCUAAUAGAAUAGGAAUAAUCUACAUCCUUAAUCUGUUAUCUGUACAUAAAAAAUGUUACUUUGUCAUGUCAUAUUUCAUUUAUCUUUUAUAUUAUUAAUUAUUAUGAUCAAAAAUCUGGUAAAUUCUAAUAAGGCUGGA